AGAUUGUGAAAAGACGAGAAAGGAGUUCUACUACUACUACUACUACUACUACGGCGCUGCUGCUGCAAUCGUUUAAGUUGGAAAAGAGGGAAGCUAUAAACAGUGGUGGAAGAGGCGAAAGGUAAUGGAUUGUGAAAAGACGAGUAUAAAGGAGUUGCGAAACGAAACCGUGGAGAGCGGGUACGAAUAAAGUGAGAGGGAAGCUAAGGAAGAAAAGGUGAAGAUAAAGAUGGUAAACUAGAGGGCUUCGAAAAUAAAUUAACAAAUAGGAUGUAAGAGGAAGACGUGGAUGGAUUGAACGAAAAGGUGGCAGACCUUAUUUGAAAAUAUAAAGUAUGAAGCAACUCAUUAUGAGAUCAUCGACAAUAUAACAAGAAUAGAUUUACUGUCGAAAUUGAUUGAUUGAUACAUCAUCGACAAUAUAACAAGAAUAGAUUUACUGUCGAAAUGUGGAACCACAUAUGUUUGGGAAAUUGAGGUUGUUUAGUUAUCGAAACGAACAUAAUUAAAAGAGCCAUGGCACAUAUAUGUGCUGCUUUACAAAGGUUAAAAGUUGACGACUCGAUCAUCAACAUCGGCAAUCAAUGUGGAGCAAUAGAGAUCCCACGCGCCAGACUGUACUGAUGUCUUUGCUUGAUAUUGGGCCUGGGAUAGAUCACAGAUGAGAAAGUACUGAGGGAGGAAACAGAAGGAAUAGAUAAUUGAUAUAUUUUGAAAAAAGAGCGAUAUAUGAAUACUGUUAUGCAUGUGGAAAGCAAACAAAGGUGUUCUUAUUGGUAUUUACACGGAAAAAAAUAUUGUUACAUUUACAUCAGUAGCCAGAAAACCAAUAGACACUACACUGCCAUAAUCUUUUACGUGUACUUGUAGUAAAUGGCUUUUCUUUCAAAUAGUAUCUCUAAUAAAAAUUUGUUCCCCUUUUUGGACUUCUUUUUAUAUACAGACACCUAUGAAUGUAUAAACAUGUUCUUAUAAGUAAUAGAUUCCCAGUAAUGGGUACUUAUGAAUUUUCUCGAGGUUGUAUGUGCAUGGGAACGAACACGAACGCCGAGCGGCGGAGGAUGUUUGUUUACAAGCGACUGGGACGUCCUCCAUCUGAUGUGUCUCCUGAUUUUAGUGUUUUUAUAGUGCUUUUACGCCAGUAAAGGCCUCAUCCCGCAUGCUUCGUGAACGACGACCAAAAAUAGAAGAAAAAAUGGUGUCUACAGAGCCAAAUUUAAGGAUACCUGCUAUCCUAAUGCCAGCAUAUCACAAGCUUUUGAACAUAGAAACAGAGGAGGGGAAGACUGCCGAGAAGCGGGUCAAGGUGUACUGUGGAAUUUGCAAAGAGACUCGUUACUAUUCCAUCCACCGGGGAGUGACUCGCAUUGGAGGGGUUGUGCUAGCUUGUGAGGCUUGCCGGCACUAUUACCAGAAAUUUAAGAGAAAACCAUGUAUUUUACGGUGCAGGGACAAGGACAGUGGCAGUUGCCAUGUACUUGGUGAUAACUCAAAGAAUCGGUGUAAAGCAUGCUGGAUUGCACACCUACUUCGUAUUUGUCCUUUUCCUGAGGAUCUGUAUCUGCACCUACAGGGACAUCUACCCAACAAACUUAAGGCCUCGAUGUCAUCUAAGCCCGUUGCUCCUGAGGACGUGUCAGAAGAUGACCGUGGAGAGCUGGGUCUAGAGGUGCUGCAGGACAAAGAGUGGGUUGAUGUCAAUACGGUGAUUCCACCAGAACCAGACCCAGUGCCUGAGCCUGAGCCAAAGAUUGAGCCAGAACUGCAUGAUGAAGAAGACACAAAGAUGUCAGAGCAAGAUUAUGAAACUGGGAAAGAAAGUGAAUCUCUCCCUGAUGGUUUUGAACAAAACUCUGACACGCUUGACAACUAUGCCUCUGACUGCCAUGAGAUGCAAGGAACACCUUGUCCCAAUGACAGUGAAGUGAGCAGUGUAGAACAAGUGAGGGAAAUAGAACGAGAUGGUUUGAGAUGGUGGAUGGAGCAAGAGGAAGGCACUCCAUACACUCUGCCUGAGAGUGGUAGUAGUGAAUCAUACUAUAGUGUAGAUGGCACAAGCUCUAGUGAUGGCCUUACUUCCUUGACACCUCUGCAGCCUGCAGGCUGCCUUACUACUCUCACACCCCUUCAGGUGCCUCAAGACCAACACAACCAGAACGGCUUCCAUAACUCUAGUACAAUGUUAGACAACAUAAAACAGGAAAAGUAUGAUUGGCAAGAUGGUGAGAGUCAAGAAGCUCAACUGUUUCAAAAGAUCAGCAUCAAAAGAGAAUAUUACCUUCAACCAGAGCAAAUGGAUGACAUAACUCUUCACACUAGUCCCUAUUUCACCUCUGUGACUAUGGGAGAUCAACUUGGUAUAAAUAUACUAAACCAGAACUAUGAUACUGCUAAUGGUAGCACCAGCUGGAAUAUAGAGAACCCUUGUAUAGAUAAUGUGAGCAGAACUUCCCUCCAAGAAAACACUGAGCCUGUCAAGCCCACGAAACGGAUUCGGAAACCUAAAGUGAAGCUGGAAGAAGGAGAGAUCAUAUCUACAAAAAACACUUUGGAAAAGAUCAAGAGGUCUGCACCUGAUAAUGACACAGAUGGAGCACCUUUACCUUCCCCAUCCAAGCAAAAGAAAAAGCCUGAUAGAUUUAAUGGAAUGGAUGAAAAAGAUGUUGCGAUGAAGACACUGCCGGACCACUUGGGGCCAAAUCUUGAUAUUCUUAUUAUUGGCAUCAAUCCAGGACUCACAGCAGCUCAUAAAGGACAUCAUUAUGCUGGACCAGGCAACCACUUCUGGAAAUGUAUGUACUUGUCUGGCCUCAUUCCAAAGCCGUUCACUGCCUUUGAUGACUUUCGGUUGUUGGAGUAUGGCAUUGGCUUCACCAACAUGGUUUCCCGUACCACAAGAGGCUCCAGUGACCUUACCAAAAAGGAGAUCAAAGAAGGAGGGGAACUUCUUCGAUUAAAGUUAAAAAGAUACAAACCUCGAAUAGCCGUGUUUAAUGGCAAGGGAAUUUACGAAAUAUUCUCAGGGAAAAAGGAAUUCUGCUUUGGAAGACAACCAGAGAUGGUAGAAGGAACCAAAACACAUAUAUGGGUGAUGCCAUCAUCCUCAGCAAGAUGUGCCCAGCUCCCAAGAGCCCUUGACAAGGUUCCGUUCUACUCAGCUUUGCGGAAGUUUCGGGAUUACCUGAAAGGUACCAUAAGUGAGUUAGAUGAAGAGGAAGUUGUUUUCUCAAAUGUAAAAUUGACCAAUUUCAAGCCUCCAAUAAAAUUGGAACCAGAAGCAGAGGCUGCACCAGAAUCUAAGUGUGUGUCUGCCAAGGUAGCCAAACAUAAGCAUAAGAAAGUGGGAAGUGACAGGACAAAAGGGCAGAAAUCUCCACAAAAGAAAAAAACAAGUACUUCAAAAACUUGAAAUAAGAAAUAAGUUAUGAUACAUUUAUGGUAAUAUUAGUAAUGUAAAUAUAUAAUUAAUUGGAACAAUUAAUUUAUUGACUACUGUUAAGUAUUUUGAAGGUCAGUCAGGAGUUAUGCUUAAAUUAUACAAUGUGAGUAGAUUUUCUUUAAAAUGACCUGAUAUCAGUAUUGUUUUGAUAUUAAGCUAAUAUUUUCAUGUUAGUCAAGUGAUGGAAGACACAAGUGAAGUAUGCCUUAACCUUUUAUAUUGAUUUUUACUUGAAAAUUUAAAAAAAAAAAGUUCUUGUUGUGAACUGUUCUUCAUUUAUCUUUCAUAAUUUAGAGACUAAUAUUCUUCAUGUAUAGGGAUGUCGUGUUUCUCUUCUGUUUUCAAUAGGGCUGGGAUAUAGCUGUGAAAACUUAGUGAGUUUGGUAAUGUCAAUUGCCCAGAAUUCUAGUCCAGUCUGAUUAUGGUAGCACAAAAUUGUCACUGACCUUUGUGUCAUGGUUUUCUCUUACUGUAGGUUAAUCUCAUUUUAUGAAUAAUAUAAUUGUGUAUUUUAUUUUAAUUUUUGAGUGCAAAAUUAUUUUUAUUAGUAAAGAUUCCUCAAGGUGUUAGAAAAUUAAUAGGUAAAUUUGAACCUUUUUGAUUGAUCACAAUUUAUAGAUUUAUAGAUUUAUGUACUGAUUUUAACAAACCCUAUUUAUUCAUAAAAUGAGAUUUAAGUAUUUACUUGUAUUUUGUCUAUUUAAAAUUUUGUCAAAAUUCUGAGAACCUACAUUUGAAUACAGUGUUGUAAUAUUUCUUUACAGAACCAUAUGACAAGUAACAGUGGUUAUGCAAAAUGAUAAUAGUAUUGCUAAUGAAAUUUGUUAUGUUGAUAUAAUCUUGAUAUAAUUGAUAUUCUCAUAAAUUAGUUGAUGAAAAGCACCAUUUUCCAGACAUUUACAUUUGGUCAUUUUUUACUGAACUAGUGAGAUCCUGUGAUGAAUUUUUGGGAGAUAGAAGCUGGGAAACAAUGGAAUAUUGAUAGCUAACUUGUGCAAGACAUUCCAAACUUAGUUUACUAUUUGAAGGUUUCCUUACUUUCUUCAACAAAGCAUGAUAUUAUUGCAAUAAACUGAAGUAUUUUGGUACAGGAAGUCUUCCUCAAACAUGAACUAGUCCAGUAUCACUGAAUACAUUCAAACAUUAAGUAAGUAUCAGUUCUUAUGUAGUUUAUGAUUAAAAUUUAAAGCCUGAUCAUUUUGAUUCUGGCAUGCUCAUAGGUAUGUAUGCUCUAUAAAGUGUUUACUGUAUGCUCAGUAAAGUGUAACUAACACCAUAUUACAGCUCUACAGUUUUAUAACACAAGGAAGAUAGUGAGAAUGAUAAGCCAUCAUUGUUUAAGGCCAGAUAUAUUAAAAAUUUAUGCUAAAAAUUUCAUAGAUAUUAUCUUUAAAGUGGAGAGAGCAGGAGGAAAGUCCAAGACCAUUAGGUGUUUGACUUUAAAGAAAUUGUACAGAGGUUAGUUGGCUCUUUUGUACAGCAUUUGACACAGAAAAAAAUAGUAAGAUAGAGAUGAUUUAAGGAUGUACUAUGAGUAUGAUAAAUGCAAAAAGGUAAUGUUUGGUGAAAUGGGAUGACAUUGUUCUAAUAAGAGGGAAGAAAAUAACAGAGUUAGUGCAUUCAAGAAUGGUUGUAUGGUAUAGUUAUUCCAUUGGAUAUCAGGUGCAUAUUCUGUAGAAAGAUUAAAAAAAGAGUUUGGAAUAAAAUUUCAGUUAUAUAAAUUAAAAAUUAUAUGGAGAAAGUUUGAAGAAUUUAUAUUCCUGAUAUACUUUAAUCUCACAAAUGUAAUAAGAGUUAGAUUUUGCAACUUUCAUGCAUUGCUUAUUAAUUAAAAGUUGAUAAUUUGUUGGUAACCCUUAAUUGAUCAAGAAUGGAAAUUGAUACGAGGACUUCUGUAACAAACAAAAGCAACUGGGUUACAUGCAGACAUAGGCAGCCAAAAUCAUGUAGUGAUGCUUUGGAGGAGAUCACUAAUUUUUUCGUAUACAGUGAUGCUAUGCUUGAAAUUUGAGUGCCUGACAUUUAGUGUAGGAGAUGCAGCCUAAGCAUGGAAGCCUUCUGGCAUAGUUAUCAGAAUGAGUAAGACUUUAAAAUGAUAAAUUGAUUGCAUGGAUAUUUGUAAGUCAUGGAAUACCUUUGUGAUCUUAAUUCUUAAUGGAAGAAUUAGGAAGAUGACAAGAAAGAUGGAAACUGGUAAAUUUUAUGUGAAUGAUUAUGAAAGAGAGAAUAGCUUAUAUUAAUCUAAUACAGCAUGAUGUUUUGAUAAUUUAUUUUCUCGUGCUUGAGAAUAUUAGUGAUAUAAUUAGAUAAAUAUUUUAAUCCCUUGGGUGUAAAACGAGUAGCUAUCUAUCUAAAGUAUGCAUUUUGUCAGAAGUGUUAUGAGGCAUUUGCCAUAUUGCAAUUAUACAGCUGUUCUGAUGUGACAAAUUAUUUCAUUAUGUUUAUACAAUAAAAUUUUUGAAGUGCAUAAAAAAGUAAUAUGGCAAUAUUUUAAGAUUUAGUAUAUAUGCUUGUAUUUAAGAGUGAAACAUUAGUAGAAAUGGUAUUUAUGUAUACAAGCACAUGUAUUUCUUUCCAUUAAUGCUAUAAAAGAUAAGACACCAAAAUUUACACAUCACGUAUGCAGUUUUACAUUAAUUUUUGUUUUUCUACUUUGUAGUCACCUAUUCCCCAUAUAUGUUGUUGAUGGUAAUUGCUAUACUUCUCAGCCUGUCAAAUCAGCAUAUGCUAUUUAAAAAGAUGCAACUCUCAACUUGCUUGAGACCUGCAAUACACACAGUGCUUCACAUAACAAGGCAGUGACAAACCUAUGACCACAACUUAUUCUCAGUGCAUGGAACAUCAAGUCUGAACAGAUAAGCUCCAGUCUAUGGGUUGUCUCCCAGACUUGUUUAUUUAAUUACUUGAUGAAUUCUUUCAAGAAAUGCAAUGAAAUGAACUUUGACUGAAGAAAAUAAAAGCACAAAAGCUACUACAGUGAUUUAAGUUUCUGUAGUUAUUUUCUGAUGUGUAGCCAUUCCUAAGGAAAUGCAUAGUGUUUGUGGCUUGAUGGAUAAUACUUUUGGGACUACCUGUGACAUGUUCAGGCAUAUUAGUGUUUGUGAUGACUUUUUGUGCCUUUCUUCAGUCCAAUUAACCUCUGAUAUUCCACAAAGUUUCAAUAAGAAUUUUGAUGAAUGAGUAAUAUGCAAGAAACUCAGACUACUUAGUAAUGCACUUAACCAAAACAACCAAUUCAGCCAUUGCUUUCUACCUUCUCAACACAAUGACUUUCCAUGAUAUUUGGUCAUCAUAAAAGCAAAUUUUUUACAUAUAUAUUUUUGAGAAACCAGUCUUUUAAUCGUGUAGUUAUCAAUACUUUUGCAAAUGUAAUUUGUACAGAUAAUGGAAUUUUCAGUGUACAGAAAUUUUUGUGAAAGUACUCAGCUCUUGUAUAAAUUAAUGAAAACUUUUCACCCAAAUA